AUGUUCGGAAACCUUUCCACAGCAGCACUGCUAGCCCUCAGCCUCACAGCCUCUGCAACCCAGAUCUUCAGCAAUACCGGCACGACCUCAGGCUGGGACUCCACCAACAAAGAACAUUCCGGCACCGUCCAGCAAGUCAACAAUGUCGUCUACAAGGGCUCCACCGCCCUGAAAAUGACCCAAGUCUACGACUCAAGCUACAGCGGACGCUACCAUUCCGAGGUCGUCAAGAACAACGUCUACAAACGCGGCGACACGGGAUACUACGGCUUCACCUUCCGAUUGCAAGAUAAUUGGCAAUUCGCACCAGCUCAAUCGUACAACAUCGCCCAAUUCAUCGCCGACUUCGGUGAUACAGGUUGCGACGAUUACAUGCCAUCAUCCAUGGUCUGGAUCGUGGGUGAUCAGCUCUACACACGUGUUAAGCAGGGCAGUAUCUGUUCACAGAAGACUGUCACGUUCCCUAAGCUUGCUACCAUUUCUGCUGGAAAGUGGCACAAGAUUGAGAUCCAGGCGACGUGGAAGUCGGAUGGGACGGGUGUUUAUAAACUUUGGCUGGAUGGGAAGAAUGUCUUGGAUAAGAGCGGUCUUGCUACGACUAUUGAUGAUGAUCGGGCGUUCCAGUUCAGGGUUGGUCUUUAUGCUAAUGGGUGGCAUGAUGAUAAGGGGAUGAAGGGGUCGCAGGGGACGAGACAGAUUUGGUAUGAUCAAAUUGCUGCUGGGAGUUCGUUCGCGGAUGCGGAUGCCGAUCAGUGGUGA